AUGGGCAGCGCGCAGGGCCGACCGACGGCCGUCCGCAGCUCGUCGCCGCGCCGUGCGAGCGUGCUGGCGCCGACGGCCUUUGACCAGCACGCGGUCGUCGACCCGUCGGACGUGCUUUCGUUCACGCUGAUUCCCAACACGUCGCCGGUCGUGCUCCUCACGCUGCACAACGUCGGCGCCGAAAUGCUCACGUUCGCCGUGCAGACCAAGGCAACGCACGCGCACCGGUUCUUCGCCGACCCGCCACGGGGCAUUGUCGGCCCCGGCAAGUGCGCAACAAUCGUCGUCGGGCUCAAGCAAGGGUAG